GCCCGACCGUAAAGCGCCCGGCUGUGUCGUGAAAGGAGCCGCAACGCGCAGAGCGCUGGUUGACGGCCGCGACUCCAUUUUGUUCGCCGCUUCUGAGCUCCAGACGCAGCGCCCGCGCUUCCGAAGCAGCAGCAGAAGAUGCGGCCCCUGGACAUCGUCGAGCUGGCGGAGCCCGAGGAGGUGGAGGUGCUGGAGCCCGAGGAGGACUUCGAGCAGUUCCUGCUGCCCGUCAUCAGCGAGAUGCGCGAGGACAUCGCGUCGCUCACCCGCGAGCGCGGGCGCGCGCACCUGCGGAAUCGGAGCAAGCUGUGGGAGAUGGACAAUAUGCUCAUCCAGAUCAAGACGCAGGUGGAGGCCUCGGAGGAGAGCGCCCUGAAUCAUCUUCAGAACCCCAGCGAGGGGGUCGAGGGCAGGGUGGCCAAGAGGUGCGAGAAGGCCGAGGAGAAGGCGAAGGAGAUCGCGAAGAUGGCAGAGAUGCUGGUCGAGCUGGUCCGGCGGAUAGAGAGAAGCGAGUCGUCCUGAGGCGGCGUCGGCGGUUUACAGCCAAUGGAUUUUGGUCGACUGAUGGAGAUUGGCUGACACCCUGGAGAAGCUGAAACCAGAGAGCCUUUUGUUUUCUCUUUUUUCCUCUGUCUAUAUUCUGUCCUCACUUACACUACGUUUCUGCUAUGGUCUGUGGUUGAUGACCUCAAUAUGAGUUUUGAUUGUUAAAUGUUUUUGUUUGGAGAAGUAACUUUUGUUUGGAAUAAUGCUCUCACAUACAGGAAUUAGAGCCUAGAUUGUAAGCUCUUGUAGCAGUCACAUUUGUUCUUGGGCUUUGGUUGUUAUUUCUAAAUUUUGAGGUGCUUUGCUCUUUCUUGUGUGACCUGAUAGCUCCCUGGAACUUUGGGUCUGUGUGCGACACGAGACUCAAGAGUUGGAGUUCUCCAGCUCUGGAGGUGCUGAAGGAGCUGCAUUGAUUCUAGAAGACAACUCCAUGCAGCAGCUGCUGAAGAAAGGACCAGACUUCAACUGGAAAUGUGGAUGGGGCUGCUCUGGCGAGGCCUAAUGAAUCUGGAGACGGGGUGGAAGAUAGUGUGUCUGUAUUUGGGGACUUUAAUUUCUAUGUGAGACCAAAGGAGGAGAGAUGUAUUUUGUUCAAAAUUUAGAUUCUGUGUGGUACACUAUCUGAUGUAACCUGUCUGAUGAGUUUAUUUGGACAACCUAACUCAUCUUUAUCUGACAUGGAACCUAGAAUAGAGGAUGAGAUCUUGAUAUUCUGUACAAGUUGAUGUAAUACCCUGAUUCAUUUCAAGGGAUUCUGGGCAUAAAAUGGAAGAGAUGUUUGCAAAAGCCCUUGAGGGGAUAGGGGCGGAAAGCAUGGAAUCGUCUGCAUUGGACCCUAAACUGGACUGGGAAGAGGCAUCUUCAAGGUUCAUACGUUGUCCAGCUAUAAGUUCAUUUGAGUAGCAGACCUGACAAGUAUUUGAGGUCAAAACCCUACCAUGUUUAAAAAAAAAAAAAACUUACCAUGUUAAUAAAGGUAUUCAUUUGCUUGAAAA